GAGUCUCACUCUGUCGCUCAGGCUGGAGUGCAGUGGCAUGGUUUCAGCUUCACUGUGUAACCUCCACCUCCCGGGUUCAAGUGAUUCUCUUGCCUCAGCCUCCCCAGUAGCUGGGAUUACAAGCAUGCACCACCACAUUCGGCUAAUUUUUGUAUUUUUAGUAGAGACAGAGUUUUGCCAUGUUGGCCAGGCUGGUCUCGAACCCCUGACCUUAGGUGAUCCGCCCACCUCAGCCUUUCAAAGUGCUAGGAUUACAGGCGUGAACCACCACGCCCAGCUUGCCUGUAAUCUUGUACGCCUUUUUAAUUCCUCCUUUCUCAACCAUUUUAAGAGUUGACUGCAUUCUUGUUUCAUAUCCCAUCUUUGCAUUCUAACUUCCAUGCCUCUCCCACAACUGAGACUUCUCUCGCUAGUUUAUCAGUGCCUCCUAAUUGUUACGCACAGUAUACUUCGGAUGGCCUCUCAGCCACACUUUACACUAUUAUCUGUCUUCUUGGCUUUUUUGACAUUCCUUCUCAAUUCCCUUUCCUCCUCUUUUGACUGUUCUCAUGCUCCUGUGCAUCCAUGUGCUUCUUAUAUGUUAGUGGGCCCUUUGCUAUUGGCUGCAUUUGGCGAGAAAUGAGCUGCGUUUAUAGGGAAGAAUGAGAGAGAAUGAGUCCAGAAAUGUGCAGAUUUGCUGUGCUGGAAAAGUCAAGUUAUUCUGGACCCCAACAGGACAUAAAAUAGAGAAAGCCAAUGAAAUCCAAUUAAAAUUCAACCUCUUGGCAAAGCAUGCUUGAAACCGAACUUUGGCUCCAGCCACUACUUGUGUGAACUUGGGCAAGAUGCCUUUCUGUGUCUUGGAUUCCUCAUAUAUAAAUACCUACCGGACUGGGUUAAUCAUCAAGAUUAAAUUAGUGAACACACGAAAAAUACCUAGAACACUGCCUGGCAUAGUUCAAGGCUCAAUUAAAGUUAGACACUAUUAUGCCAAAAAAAAAAAAAAAAAAACAACCAAAAAGCAAAAAAACAAAAAAAGUGACGGUAGGAUGGCUUCAUGAGAGUUCAGGGAUUUUUGCUCAUUUUUACCACUUUCACAACUGACUUUUCUUAAUGGUUAGCGGGACACCUGAAUGGUGGAUGUUUACACUUGUGACUGUCUCACAUAUCCAAAGCUCAACUGUCUCAACAUGUCCAAAGCUCAACCCAUCAUCUUUCCCUCUCCCGUGUUCCCUCUUACCUAGAUAAAGGCACUAACAUCUUCCCAGUCACUUGUCUAAUAAUCCUUGCUUCCUUCCUGUCCCUCAUGCCCCAAUUCCUAUUUAACGGCCUAAACAGAUCUUGAAUUAAUCUUUCCUGCGUUUCCACGCCCACUUAGAGUCCCUCAUCUCUUGCCCUAUUUUCUCAAUGCCCUCCCAUCCUCUACUGCAGAUCCCCUCAAGUCCAUCCUCGAUGCGUGACUCUAACUUCACGCCAUAGGGGACCUAUGGAGCCGCUGCGACUAACGCAACAGCGGACCUGCUCAUCACUGUCCAGGGCGGCCUGCGACAGACCCCCGGGGCCCUGGCCCUGCUGCCGCGGUCCCAGCACUUCCCCUCGAGGGUUCGCGGCGAACAAGGCCGCGCGGCCCCGGCUUUCCCGGAGCGCACGGUCCCGCGCUCAUGCGGCUAGAGGGAGGCAGCCGCAGGACUGCCCAGCCGCCUCUGCUCCUCCGGUCCAGCUCAGGCCCCGCCUGCUCUUACGCCGACUAACCGGCCGCGGCCCGAUGGCGGCCCUGCCCCAGACAGCCAAGGUCACGGGGCUCCCCCGGAAGUGAAAGUGCGGGGAUCCGCGGGCCCAGGAAACGCCGCUCCCCGCACCCCGUUCCCGGGAAGCUCUUGUGACGCGCUAGGCCCCGCCCCCACCCGUCACCUGACCCCGCGCAGCCCCGCCUCCUCGCUGGGGGCUCGGCGGCCCUGUGAAGCGGGUGGAUUGGCUGGGAGUGCUUCGCUCAGCCAAUCCGGGCGCGCCCGGGCGUUGCGGCCCCGCCUCCUCUCCGGCGCCCGGGACUGGUAGCGCUCCGCGGGAAGGAGGCUGGAACCCCGGCAGCAGUGGCGCGGGGAUGGAGGCGGCAGUGGUGCCGGGGAGGGAUGCGCGGGCACCCGCGGCGAGUCAGGCCAGCGGGUGCGGGAAACACAACUCGCCGGAGAGGAAAGUUUAUAUGGACUAUAAUGCAACCACUCCCCUGGAGCCAGAAGUUAUCCAGGCCAUGACCGAGGCCAUGUGGGAAGCCUGGGGAAAUCCCAGCAGCCCGUAUUCAGCAGGAAGAAAGGCCAAGGAUAUUAUAAAUGCAGCUCGGGAAAGCCUCGCGAAGAUGAUAGGGGGGAAACCUCAAGAUAUAAUCUUCACUUCCGGGGGUACUGAGUCAAAUAAUUUAGUAAUCCAUUCUGUGGUGAAACAUUUCCACGCAAACCAGCCCUCAGAGGCACACACAGGUGCGCACCACAGCCCAGUGAAGGGGGCCAAGCCCCAUUUCAUUACUUCCUCGGUGGAACACGACUCCAUCCGGCUGCCCCUGGAGCACCUGGUGGAAGAACAAGUGGCAGCGGUCACCUUUGUCCCAGUGUCCAAGGUGAGCGGGCAGGCAGAGGUGGACGACAUCCUCGCGGCAGUCCGCCCAACCACAUGCCUCGUGACCAUCAUGCUGGCCAACAAUGAGACUGGCGUUGUCAUGCCUGUCCCUGAAAUCAGCCAGCGCAUUAAAGCCCUGAACCAGGAACGGGUGGCAGCUGGGCUGCCUCCCAUCCUCGUGCACACGGAUGCUGCACAGGCCUUGGGGAAGCAGCGCGUGGAUGUGGAGGACCUGGGCGUGGACUUCCUUACAAUCGUGGGGCACAAGUUUUAUGGUCCCAGGAUUGGCGCACUUUAUGUACGAGGACUUGGUGAAUUUACCCCUCUCUACCCUAUGCUAUUUGGAGGUGGACAAGAAUGGAAUUUCAGGCCAGGGACAGAGAACACCCCAAUGAUUGCCGGCCUUGGGAAGGUGAGCCCUGAAUUGUGCAUCCACUCGUUGUGUGUCUGCCCCCAGGCCGCGGAGCUGGUGACCCAGAACUGCGAGGCUUAUGAGGCCCACAUGAGGGACGUCCGUGACUACCUGGAGGAGAGGCUGGAAGCUGAAUUCGGUCAGAAGAGAAUCCAUCUGAAUAGCCAGUUUCCAGGCACCCAGCGGCUUCCCAACACCUGCAAUUUCUCCAUCCGGGGACCCCGGCUUCAAGAGAAACCCAGCAGUCGUGUUUGGCCCAUGAAGAAGAACCCGUGGGUAACCGUCAUGAUGGCUGCGUUCAUGAGAACCUGGGCUGAAAUGCGCUCUUGUGGGCAGUGAAGCCUUGGUCUCCUUGACCAUCUCAGAUUCCUCACCAUGGAAAGGAGAGUUCUCUGUCCACGUUCCCCUUGUUCUGGGGUCAGACUUUGUGUCCAAUGACUACCUGUGUUACUUUAAAUGAGACAGAGGUUCUCAUUUUAUUUAUUUAUUUUUUGAUUCAGGGUCUCACUCUGUCAUCACCCGGGCUGGAGUGCUGUGGCGCAAUCACAGCCCACUGUAGCCUUGACCUUCUGGGUUUAAGUGAUCCUCCUGCCUCAGCCUCUCUAGUAGCUGGGACUGCAGGCACGCACCACCACACCUGGAUAACUUUUUUAUUUUUGAGAUGGAGUUUCACUCUUGUUGCCCAGGCUUGAGUACAGUGGUGUGAUCUCAGCUCACCGCAACCUCCGCCUCCCGGGUUCAAGCGAUUCUCCUGCCUCAGCCUCCAGAGUAGCUGGGAUUACAGGUGCCUGCCACCACACUGGGCUAAUUUUUGUAUUCUAAGUAGACACGGGGUUUUGCCAUGUUGGCAAGGCUGGUCUCGAACUCCUGACCUCAGGUGAUCCACCCGCCUCGGCUCCCCAAAGUGCUGGGAUUACAGGCAUGAGCCACUAUGCCCGGCCUUGGCUCAUUUUUAAAAAAUAUUUUGUAGAGAUAGGGCUUCCCUGUGUUGCCCAGGCAGGUCUCAAACUCCUGGCUUAAGCAAUCCUUCUACCUUGGCCUCCCAAAGUGCUGGGAUCACAGGUGUGAGCCACUGCACCUGGCUGAAAUUUUCAUGUUAAUCACAUCAGCAGUCAUUAAUCGCUGUGCUUGUGAAAGAGGGAAAUGCCUUCUGGCUUAAUAGAACUCCCACGUGUCUCUACCAUCCAGAACACAGGUGGAGACAUGAUAUUGCCGGGACUGCCAGCUUGUAAGGAAGGAGCAGGUCAGGACUCCAGGUGUCUUAGCAGGCAGUUGAUUACAAAUGCGAUUUUCAAGGCCAGCUUUGUGAGGCAGAAUAGUGUCUGCGUUUCUGCAGCCAAGGGAGAAAGAAGUAUUUUCUUCGGCUCCUGCUGUGAGAUCUCUCCCCAGCUGCCAGAAUGGCCGGCGCUGGAAUUCCACCAGGUGGCACAGAGGGAGGGAAGCAGCCUGCGCCCAGCAGGACCCCGGGAAGGGAGAGAAGGGUGGCCUGACUGGAGC